CUGCGCAGUCUAAGUGUGGCCUAGCAGGAAAGCAGAGGUGCAGAGAGGAGCCCUUGGCACGGUCGCUGCACCCUAAGGCACCCACCAUGACGCUGGGCUUGGAGCAGGCCGAGGAGCAGCGGCUGUACCAGCAGACGCUCCUGCAGGAUGGACUCAAGGACAUGCUGGACCAUGGCAAGUUCCUGGACUGUGUGGUGCGGGCCGGCGAGCGCGAGUUCCCAUGCCAUCGGCUGGUGCUGGCCGCCUGUAGCCCCUACUUCCGGGCGCGCUUUCUAGCUGAGCCAGAGAGUGCGGGAGAGCUGCGCUUGGAGGAGGUGUCCGCAGACGUGGUGGCCCAGGUGCUACACUACCUGUACACCUCGGAGAUCGCGCUGGACGAGGCGAGCGUGCAGGAUUUGUUUGCCGCGGCGCAUCGCUUCCAGAUCCCGUCGAUCUUCACCAUCUGCGUGUCCUUCCUGCAGAAGCGCCUGUGCCUCGCCAACUGCUUGGCCAUCUUCCGCCUCGGCCUUCUGCUCGACUGUGCGCGCUUGGCAGUGGCUGCCCGCGACUUCAUCUGCGCGCGCUUCACGCUGGUGGCCCGCGACGCCGACUUCCUCGGGCUCUCAGCGGACGAGCUCAUCGCCAUCAUCUCCAGUGAUGGCCUCAACGUGGAGAAGGAGGAAGCGGUGUUCGAGGCGGUGAUGCGGUGGGCAGGCAGUGGCGACGCUGAGGCUCAGGCAGAGCGCCAGCGCGCACUGCCCACGGUCUUCGAGAGUGUGCGCUGUCGCCUGCUGCCACGCGCCUUCCUGGAGAGCCGCGUGGAGCGCCACCCGCUCGUGCGUGCCCAGCCCGAGUUGCUGCGCAAGGUGCAGAUGGUGAAAGAUGCGCACGAGGGCCGUCUCACCACGUUGCGCAAGAAGAAGAAGAAGGGAAAGGAGGCAGCUGGAGCCAAGGAGACUGAUAAGGGCACAGCCAAAGCUACAGCAGAGGAGGAUGAGGAGGAUGAGCGUAUCCUCCCUGGGAUCCUCAAUGACACCCUCCGUUUUGGCAUGUUCCUGCAGGACCUUAUCUUCAUGAUCAGCGAGGAGGGCGCUGUAGCCUAUGAUCCAGCCGUCAACGAGUGCUACUGCGCCUCCCUCUCCACCCAGAUUCCCAAGAACCACGUCAGCCUGGUUACCAAGGAGAACCAGGUCUUCGUGGCUGGGGGUCUUUUCUACAACGAGGACAACAAAGAGGACCCCAUGAGUGCUUACUUUCUGCAGUUUGACCACCUGGACUCGGAGUGGCUGGGGAUGCCGCCGCUGCCCUCGCCGCGGUGCCUCUUUGGCCUGGGAGAGGCUCUCAACUCCAUCUACGUGGUCGGCGGCCGAGAGCUAAAGGACGGCGAGAGCAGCCUGGACUCGGUCAUGUGCUACGACCGGCUGUCGUUCAAAUGGGGCGAAUCGGACCCGCUCCCAUACGCCGUGUACGGACACGCGGUGCUCUCCUACAUGGACCUUGUCUACGUCAUUGGCGGCAAAGGCAGCGACAGGAAGUGCCUGAACAAAAUGUGCGUCUAUGAUCCCAAGAAGUUCGAGUGGAAGGAGCUGGCACCCAUGCAGACCGCCCGCUCACUCUUUGGGGCCACUGUCCAUGACGGCAGUAUUUUUGUGGCAGCGGGGGUCACCGACACAGGACUGACCAGCUCAGCGGAGGUAUACAGCAUCACAGACAACAAGUGGUCCCCCUUUGAGGCCUUCCCACAGGAGCGCAGCUCACUCAGCCUGGUCAGCCUGGUGGGCACCAUCUAUGCCAUCGGUGGCUUUGCCACCCUAGAGACUGAGUCUGGAGAGCUGGUCCCCACAGAGCUCAAUGACAUCUGGAGGUAUAAUGAGGAGGAGAAGAAGUGGGAGGGCGUCUUACGAGAGAUUGCCUAUGCUGCUGGCGCCACUUUUCUACCCGUGAGGCUCAAUGUGCUGCGCCUGACUAAGAUGUGACCGGCUCCGGGACCUAACUGAGCACCCUGCCUAUCCCAUGGCUCCCAUAGGCCUGGCCUUGGGGGUCUCCAGGGAUAAGGCUGGGAGAGGCAAGCGCCCACCUGGACCCCAUUAUGAUAUCUGAGCAUCUGCUUUAGCUGGGGAAGGGAUUUUAUUGCCCAGUCUUGGUCUUUCAGGCAGGGACAAGGAAUUCACUGAGUCUCGCCUGGGUCCUCUUGGCUCCUAAUCCAGAACCACAGGGAGGAAUCCCAGGCUGCGUCCUGGCCCUGCCCUAAACUGGCUGUGGGAGCCAGUAAAGUUCCCUAUGCACUGGCCCCUGGCCCGUCAAUGGGAAUGUUACCAUUAAGUGUAUCUUGCCGCGUAGAUGUUUCCUUCUUUAAGAAUAAAGUGGCUGGGUACUGGUGGCUUACACCUGAAAUCUUAGCUACUUGGGAGGCUGAGAUCAGGUGGAUCACAGUUUAAGGCCGGCCCUGUCAAAUAGUUUGAGAG